AACUCGGCAGUCGGCCUACCACCUUGUGUGAGAAUUCACGUGGACUCAGGCGCUCAGUGACAUUAUUAUGGCUACAUAGUGCAGAAUAAAUAGUAUAAUUUUUCAAAAGCACAAAAUUAAAUUUCGGAACGUUACCUAUAGUAAUUUUACUUUUUAAAGAAAACUGAUUCGAAGGCGUCCACGAUGGUCGUACGAUCCUCAGUUUCGACAGAGCCGAUUUCAACAAAAAUAAAAGUCAAAGGUUUCGAGAUAAACUACUUUCAAGUUGGAAACGGACCACAGAAAUUGAUAAUAUUUCCUGGAGUGCUGGGUCAAAUUGGUGAUUUUGGACCGCUGACGGAAAGCCUCGAUGGUGCAAAAUAUACGAUAUACAUAUGUGAUCCUCCAGGUUACGGUAUGAGUCGACCACCGAACAGAGAUUUUUCACCGGGAUUUUUGUACCGCGACGCCGAUAGUGCCAUUGCGCUUAUGGAGACGUUGGGCAUCGAAAAGUAUUCGAUGUUGGGCUGGUGCAACGGCGGGUGCACCGCGAUGAUCGCGGCGUCCAGGGCCGCAGAUCGGGUCGACAAGCUGGUGGUGUGGAGCUGCAACGCUUACGUGACGGCCAAAGACCUUGAGUACUACGAGACGACGCGCGACGUGCACGACUGGCCCGAAGGGAGGAGAAUUUCGCAAUUCAAAGCGUACGGCGAGAAGUACGUGUCGGACACUUGGUCCGGGUGGAUAGACGCGUUCCGGAAAAUUCUCGACGAGGACGACGGUGACGUGUGCCGCGACGCACUGGCCAAGAUAAAGGCACCCACGCUUAUUCUGCACGGAGCAAAGGAUGUGUUCGUACCGAUCGAGCACGGUGUAUAUCUUCACGAAAACAUCAAUCGGUCGACACUUGAAAUAUUUCCAGAAGGCAAGCAUAUCUUACAACGUAUGUACCCUGAGAAGUUUGUUUCGAUAGUGGAUAACUUUCUUUCUUCUGUGCAGUAGUGCUAGAAUGAAAAUCGUCGGAACGGAUCGUUGGAAUUUGAAACAUUAGUUUUUUACAAAAAAAGACGUUGUAGGGAGGCCCUUUAAGAAUUCCUGUUUCUCCGAAGCACAGAUGAUAAAAUCUGUAGGUAUAUAUUUGAUGCAACUUCAAUUGUUUUGGUUCACAGCAAAAAUCAAUAAAUUAAUAUCAAAAUUAUACUAAAAUUAAAAAAAGCUGGUGGCAUAAUCCUCAACUCACAUAUUAUUUGAAAUGUAUAGAUAUAAUUUUAUAUUGGUUAUUUUACUUUUCAUAAUAAAUUAAUUUUGGUAUCGAAU